GUGGAAUUGAACAACAACAAUUAACAUUUACAACUGUGAAUGGUCUGUACGAGAGCAAGAAUGGGGAAUAGGGUGGAAUUGCUGGAGAUGAACUUUAUCGUUAUGAAAACGAUGAUGGAAACUACCGUUAAUCCAGAUUAGAGGAUGAUCAAGAUCCCAACAUAAUCACCAGGCGAGGAAUUCGGUCAUCCCAACUUCUCUCAGUUCGCAUUAUUCGUCGCGAACUGUUUUUCCUCACAGUUCGUCAUCGCAAGCCGUUUCUCUCAUUCGUCCGUAGGUGUUCUUGCAGUCAGCAUCAGUGUUUGUCGUUUCUCCUAGUUCACAGAUGCAAAACAUUACUCACAGUUCGCAGAUGCAAAACAUUACUCACCAUCGGCGCUCCUCCCCCUUUGGAUCGCUGCCGCCACCAACAUCAGUCUCCUUCGGUGUGACGUUCUCCUCCAACUUUGCUUCACCAAGUCGGUUAGCCGGGUCUCUAUGCCAUACUCUCUCUUUCAGAAUGCUCCACCAGUGUUCCCGUGAUCGGCUCCCCUUCACGUGCAGCCAGUCCCUCUAGAGCCGCCGCCCCUCUCCGUCGGCCCUACCUUUGCUGGCCCUAUGUUUGUUGGCUCACCUAGUGUCUCCACCUUCAUGAUCCCACCUCGCACACCACUAGCCAGCCCAGCCGGGACUCUACUCACGGAACUUGCCCAAAUCAUCUCUCAUGUGGCAACUAAUGUCACAAAUAUUGUGACUACCAAAUUGUUAGCGCUGGAAGACUACACUACCUGGCGGACACAGUUCGAAUCGUUUCUGGUUUCCCAAACUCUUCUUGGCAUGGUUGAUGGCUCCAUUCAGAAAAAGAUACGGAGUGGCAUUCUUUUACAAACAAAAUGGCAGAAGUUUCAUCGAUCAGAGAUGGUGGUGCUGGGAGGCAGUGAGAAAAGUAUCCAUAUUUUUUAUGAUUUUUACUAUUCUUUAUUAUAAAAAAAUUAAAAAAAAUAUUUUAUAAAUAUUUUAUUAAUUUUAGAAUUUUUUUGUGAUUUUUUUUUAUUUUUAACGAUUUUUAUUAUUUUUUAUGAUUUUGUUAUGGAAAGCAUUGUAUUAUGAAUUAAUACCCUUAGGGCUAUUUAGGGUAGAAAAUCAAUUUUUUGUCCUAUUUGGAGAAUUUAAAAGUAGUAAUCCUGUUUGUGCUUUGUAGGGACUCUUUAGUCCUAUUUAGGACAAUUUCCGUUUAUUAUAUUAUUUUUAAAUUUGUAUCACAGAAAUGAUUAUAUGGGGGCAGUUUUGUCCAUCUAUUGGAAAUU